ACAAUGAUGUGAAAGGGACACAUUUAUAGUGCUAUGGGGAGAGGGGAUUGUUCUCAUAUGGAGCCAGUACGGACGAGACGGGUCAAAUGGACUGCUUAUGUGUUAUAAGGGUCCUGUGAUUCCUUGCUUUUUGUAAACAUAGCCUUGAAAUCGCUUCGUAACGGGUCAGGUGUGACUUAUUCUGAGGCGGGCUGCGGUGGAAGAGACAAGGGGAGAUGACCACGGCUGCAUUGAUUUCCAAGAUAAUGUCAGCGGUCUCCCUUCGCUUUCGCCCUGCUAUCCGUGCACUGACGACUCGCCCAUCACGUAAAUGCGAAAGUGUGCGAUGCUCAAAUGAGAGUAUUCAAGAUUCUUGGACUUGUAACAGGGUGAAAGAGAAGCUCAUUACAGCCACAGCAAGACGGAGGCAGAGGGCAGCAGUGACUGAGCUUAGCAGAAGUUCUUGAAGAGUGUGGUGUGAAAACUCUGAACAAUUCAUUCAGACCAUGGCUGACAAAAGUUCUGAAGCCAUGUUGAAUGGUGCUAUUCCAGGUGAGAUGGUGAAGAAAGAUGAAAACUUAAAGCGUGGCAACUGGUCCAAUCAAAUCGAGUUCAUCCUCACUAGUGUUGGAUAUGCUGUAGGUCUUGGAAAUGUCUGGAGGUUCCCAUAUCUUUGCUACAGAAAUGGCGGAGGUGCUUUUAUGUUUCCCUAUAUCAUCAUGCUGGUCUUCUGUGGUAUUCCUCUUUUUUUUCUGGAGCUUUCCUUUGGACAGUUCACCAGCCAAGGCUGUCUUGGUGUGUGGAGGGUUAACCCUAUGUUCAAAGGAGUCGGGUAUGGGAUGAUGGUUGUGUCCUCAUACAUUGGAAUCUACUACAAUGUGGUCAUUUGCAUCUCCUUCUACUACUUCUUCUCCUCCAUGACUUCAAUUCUUCCAUGGACAUACUGCAAUAAUCCCUGGAACAAGAAAGAUUGCAGCAGCAUGCUGAAUCCCAACAGAACUGCCAACAUCACCGAGCUGUCACAAAACAUCUCAACAUUGCUGAACCAAACUGCAAAGAGGACCAGUCCCAGUGAGGAGUACUGGAAUUAUUAUGUACUGAAGACCUCGGAUGGUAUUGGAAAUUUUGGGGAGGUCCGCUUGCCUUUGCUGGGAUGCCUUGCUGUGGCCUGGGUUGUGGUCUUUCUGUGCCUCAUUAAAGGGGUCAAGUCUUCAGGAAAAGUGGUGUACUUUACAGCAACAUUUCCAUAUGUUGUGCUGACUAUUCUGUUUAUCCGUGGGAUUACACUGAAUGGAGCUGUAAAUGGCAUCAUGUAUUAUCUCACUCCUCAGUGGGACAAGAUUUUGGAUGCUAAGGUCUGGGGUGAUGCUGCUUCCCAAAUUUUCUACUCCCUUGGAUGUGCUUGGGGUGGCCUGAUAACCAUGGCUUCUUAUAACAAGUUCCACAAUAACUGCUACAGGGACAGCAUCAUUAUCAGUAUCACCAACUGUGCCACCAGUAUUUAUGCUGGGUUUGUCAUCUUCUCCAUUCUUGGAUUCAUGGCUGCACACCUGGGAGUUGAUGUCUCAAACGUAGCAGAUCAUGGUCCUGGACUGGCCUUUGUGGCUUACCCAGAGGCUCUGACCUUGCUGCCGAUCUCACCCUUCUGGUCACUUCUCUUUUUCUUUAUGUUGAUUCUUCUGGGGUUGGGUACGCAGUUCUGUCUGCUGGAAACAUUGGUCACUGCUAUUGUUGAUGAAAUUGGCAGUGAUUGGAUUCGCAGGCGAAAGUCUCUUGUCACUCUGGGAGUUGCUGUUGUUGGCUUUCUUCUGGGUAUCUCAUUAACUACACAAGCUGGCAUUUACUGGCUCCUUCUCAUGGAUAACUACGCAGCCAGCUUUUCACUUGUGGUGAUUUCCUGCAUUAUGUGUAUUGCUAUCAUGUAUAUUUAUGGACAUAACCACUACUUCAAGGAUGUUGAGAUGAUGCUUGGCUUUCCACCUCCGAUCUUCUUCCAAAUUUGCUGGCGUUUUGUGUCUCCCAGCAUUAUCUUUUUCAUACUGGUGUUCACUGUGGUCCAGUAUAAACCCAUCAGUUACAAUGACUAUGUGUACCCAACAUGGGCUAUCACACUUGGUUUCCUGAUGGCACUCUCCUCAGUAAUCUGUAUUCCAAUUUAUGCCAUUUGGAAGAUUUGCACAACUGAAGGUUCCACAUUUUGGGAGCGUCUGAAAAAUGCAAAUAAACCAAGCAAGGAAUGGGGACCUGCUUUACUGGAGCACCGUACUGGUCGAUAUGCCACACUGGGCAGCCCGUCCUAUGAGUUCAACCUUGAAAUCCAACAGCUCAAUCCAGAUAAGGAGCGAGAGAAGGAGCAACUACCAACAGAAAAUAUAGAGCAUAACCUCAACACACAGGGCAGCAAUGGUUCUGCCAGAACAUAGAACCCUAAUGUGUAGUCAAAAUCAUUUUUAAAUCAAAGAUGAUAAUUAAUUUGUGGUGGAGGUGGGGAUGGCAGUUGGGUCAGGAAAUAAAGCCUUCAUCUUAUGUGAAAGGAUCUGCCCCUAUAAUUUCCUGUACAAUCAGUAUGCAAGACAAGUUUUUCACUGUACCUCGGUACAAGUGACAAUAAUAAACCAAUAUCAAUACGAUCCAUGGAUUUUGACAAGUAGUCAAAACAAUUUAAUUGAUUGUUCUUCCUUCAGGUAUCUGCAUUUUUUUUCUUUCCAUUCAUUUUUAAAAUUAUCAAUAGAGCUCCAUAAUUUAAUAUUUAACCUUUUUUUCAAGAAAUCAAUUAUUUUUGUUGUGUUAGCAGAAUUCUGUACUUUUUGUGGAAAUUACUUGUACCUUUGUGCAACUGAGAUCUGACUUUCCCAGUUGUUGCGAGGUUUUUAUCUGAUUUUCAUUAGACAUCUGUUUGUGUCUGUCUACUCCACAUAAAAGUACUGCUUAAUAUCAACAACACGAGUAUAUUACAUAUAUAAAAUACUGAAAAGGUAGAAGGACACUUGGUGAAGGGACUGGUUAAUGCCACUUCAAUAUGAAGUGUGUGACAGCACACGUUUCCAAGUAACCAGUUGUUCACCGCACCAACCUCUCCUGGGGAUACAAGUUGCCCUGGUUCUUUUACGUAUUAGGUUUGUUCCUUUUUUUUUAAAUGCAACUCUAAUAUAUUUUUUACACAGAAAAGCAAAUAUUUCCUGAAAGUAAGAUAUUUCCGGUAAUUUACGCAGAAUACAACAAAAAGUAUAUAACACAUAUUUCAAUCUUUGAAGCUCUACACCAUUUGUAUAAGUUUUGCUAGAGCUAGUGGAGAUAACAGCAUAAUGAACACCAGUUCCUGGUACUUUCCAUUUGCAAAACAUGGCCUCACCGUCAGUUAAAUAGCUUGUGUCAUCUGUAAUAGCGAUGCUCCCAUCACCGUCAUGCUCUAAUAAUGGCAGUACCUCUUCACAAGAGGAUCGGUAGUAGUAAACCUUUGACUAUGACUCAACCGGUGAUAUUAGUAUGCAUGUCCUACAUAGUAUUAGACAUGCAUGUAUACAUGAGAAUAUUUGAUUGCUUUACUCAUAUGUCAAGUACCUAAUUUCACAAAUUCAUUGACACAUUUGAACCUACUGAUCAUCAGACUUGUACUAUUUCAGAGGAAGUUAAAAAAAUAAAAAUUGUUAUUAAUACAUCUAAAAGGCAGCAACUUGCUAAUGAAAAGUUAAGCAAAGAAUCUGGAGCUAAUGAUGCAUCUUAGAGGAUGUUCAUAUUGGAGGAACACGCCAUUUCAUGUAAUCAUUUAGCACUUUUACCACACUUCAUUGGAAGAGCUUUUGGAGAUGGCCUAAUGGUGCUAGUAUCAAUUAAUGGACUGCAUUUGCCUUUAGGUAACAGGUUUUCAUUUGUUAAAAAUCUAUUCUGUAAGAAAAACAAGUAGGAUGUUAGAAGUAGUGAUGCAAAAAAAUGCCACAACAAAGAAAGGCCCAGUGCGUAGCUGAGAGUGAUUCUGUAAUGGAAACUCAGUUCCCUUCAGAUGAUAACUAACAGUUUUCAAAAGCUCUUCUUGUGUUUGGGUCUUUAGCAGCACUAGAAUGGGGAGAGCUGGGAAAAUUUGAACUUUUGAUUGCAUGAACUUUCAUUUUACCCAUGCCCUGCAAAAGUAGAAGAAAAAUACCAUUUCAACAAAAUAGGCAUGAAUUUUUACUGCCACAUAUUUAUCAGGUAGUCACAUUAGACAUUCCUUCAAGAUCCAAGGCUUAUAUGAUUCAGUUUAUAAAUGGGUACCUACCAUUGCUGUCCAAAAAACUCAGGGGGCUGUUCAAUUAUUUGUGGUAUCCCACUUGCCAUUUUCAUGAAUAAAUGGAGAUUAAAUGCAAUAUGCACAUUAGCCCUUGUUUCACCUAGUGUUGAAUGGCUCAACCUUUAAAGGAACUCCUGAAGGCCACUCCAAAACAUGCCAAGAGAUUUCUAAGACCCAAAGGAAUAAACAUACUUCAUUAAACGUCCAAAAAUUACAACAGUCCAAUCUGCCAACCAAUACAAAUAGGAGAUGAUGGAUUUCAGUUUAACUAAACCAGCAAGCUGCCAUGUCAAUUUGCCUUCCAUUGAUCAUGGUUCAAUUCAAAGGAUAUAGUUGGAAAUAGUUCGUAUUACCUAAUGGUGGAUUUUGAUGGAUUCCAUGGACUCAUUGCCAUCUCCACACUGGUCUUGGGUUAAAGGCAAAGCCUGUACACAAUAUCCUAAAACCAAAAUCAGGGGAGAGUGCUCACACCCCUGCAGGACUCUUUGUUAGGAGAGGUAGAAUGCACAAACAGAUGAUUUUAAACAUUUGUUCUUUUGGAAUUUUAAAAAAAUCACACUCCAACCCCCUUUCUCACUCCCACCACUGCCAAAACAAAGUUUGUAAUGAAAUCAGUCACCUCAUUUUAUUGGUGGGGGUCUUUGAAUCCACAGUUUCAUUCAUGUGUCAAAUUAUGUGAAGUGCUUGAAUUGUACAGUGUACAUUCUAGUCCUAACUUUACAAAUGCAGAAAGGGUUUAUGCCAAGAGAUUUUGUGCUUAGAUCCAAAUUUUGAUUGGAUUGGAAUUAAGGUUCAAGUUCUGGAACAAAAUUAUGUUUAUAUCAAAAUACUUGCAUGAUGGGAAUGGUCAUAAUGGGAUUUUGUGCCUGGCUGCAAAACACAUUUAUGUAGAUUCCAUUGCAUUUGCUUGAUAAUGUUAAAUCUUGAUUCUAUGGAAAUAUGCAAUAUGACAAAGUAGACAUUGCCAAUAAGAAGCUAUGAAUUAAAUUCUCUCUCUCCUUGUUCUCCUUAUUAAUCCUUUCCCUGUUUCCUUCUGACAAUUGAAUCUUUUCUUUAUUCAUAUUUCUGUGGGGUUUAAUCUUGGCUGGUACUUGAAUCACCAGCCCACACCCAUCUUUACUGCACUGCAGUUGAGGCAGAUAAUAGAACUCUAGCCUCAGAGUCAGAAGGUUGAAGGUUUAAACCCAACUGCAUUAACAAGAAUAAAGAUUAAUACUAUAUUUUAAUACUGAGAGAGUACCGUCUUUAGGAUAAGAUAUUAGACCAGGGAGCAGUCUUCCCUUCCAGGUGGAUGUAAAAGAUCCCAUAGCACUACUUCAAAAAAGGAACAAUGGUGCUCCCCUCCAACUUCAAUGGCCGUAAAGCACUUUAGGAUGUCCAUGAUAACCACCAUUUCAAUGCAAGUCCUUUUUUGAUCUAGAAGCGAUCUGCAAGUGAAUAAUUAGCCUCUCAUCCUUCGGGUUAAGGCCUUAUAACACAUGCUUCACCCCUUCAGGCUGCACAAGCUACUCAAACACUUUUAUAACCUAAUGGGAAAUAGUUUACAAAUUACAACCAAAAAAAUUGUAGUAAAUAUGCAUUUUAUUAUACUGAGCUAUAUUUACUGCCCCUUAAUUCAUAUUGAUAAAGCAAUAGACUGCACUUUGUUGACUUUCAUUAGCAGACAUAGGAAAAAGUAUUUUCUCACAUGGUUUAGUCAAUUGAAUUUCAUGAUUCAGUCUAAGGAAAUUUGACCCAGAUAAUUUAAGUUUCUGCAGCUUCCUGACCUGGUAACUCUAUAUGCUGUUGUAACAUUGAUAUAUUAGUAUUAAUAUUCAGUGGCAGACUUUGUUCUAGCUUAAAGAAAUCUUUUUCACAAUUUGUCAGGUAACUAAAGCAAAAUGUCUGUGAUGAUUAAGGUUAAUUCAGUGGAAGCUGACUGCUAAUAAUUUGGUUCACCAAGGAAGUACUUAGUCACUAACAGGCUCGAUUAAAUUUGACACACAGGUCAUUGAGAAGUCUGCCUCAUUUGUACUUCAGGAUGGGUCAUUGCCAGCCAAUCCAGUACAUAAAAACUUCCACGGUGCCAGUGCUUCCCCAUUCAUAGAUCUCAGAGAUGACUGUAUUUUCCAAUCCAGGUUAUUUCAAUGCCAGCAAUAAAUCAUUUAAAAUAAACAUAUUUUUAUUUUAAAUGAUUUGCUGCUCACUUCAAAAUAACAAUGUUUGAUAAAUUAAAGCUUGUGGCUCCCAUUAUUACAUAAUGUUGGAAAUAUCUACAAUAUGCACAUGCAUUCAGAGUGACACACACACUCUCUCUCUGGAUGAUGUUUACACUGCUGCAGACCUUGGACUGUUCAAACGUAGAGAACAUAAUAUCACAUGACCCCAUUAGUGGCACACAAUAUUGUAGAUUAAGGGGUCACUUUGCUCUCAUACAUGACGGUAUUUUAGACUACACUGAAAUGUUUUAGU